GAGGUUCAGAGGGAGGGGAAAUAUGUAUACCUAUGGCUGAUUCAUGUUGAUGUAUGGCAGAAACCAACAAAAUUCUGUAAAGCGAUUAUCCUUCAAUUAAAAAAAAAACACUUCUCAAAAUGUUCCUUGGGGACCUCACUGGUGGUCCAAUGUUUAAGACUCUGUGCUGCCAAUGCAGGGGGUGUUGGUUGGAUCCCUGGUUGGGAACUAAGGUCCUACAUGCCGUGUGGCCAAAAGAUUUUUUAUUAAGUUCCUUGAAUUAGCUUUACCAUCUUACUGUUCCCUGAUUAAUUAAAAUAUUUGACAUGCUUUCCUCCACUUGUAUGAAAGUCAUGUUUUUCACUUUUUUGCAAAUUAAACUUUGAUACAGUAUACUCAUAUACUAGCCCUGGACAGGAGUACACAGAUACUAUAUUGUAAUACUAGAUGUAUUGCCCUUACAGUCAGGAGCAGUAAUGCCUUCUCAUUAUGACCCAACAUUAUCCUAGAAGUGCUAUGGCCUGGGCUUCUCAACUGGGGGUGAUUUUGCCUUCUGAAGGGAUAUUUGAUAAUGUCUGGAGAUAUUUUUAGUGGUCACAACUAUAGAAUUCUGGCAUCCAGAGGACAGAGGGCAGAGGCCAGGAACACUGCUAAGCAGCCUGCAAGGCAUGAGAUGGUCCCCAGUAACAAAGAAAAGACGGCCAGGUGGUAGUGGAGGGUGCUGGGGCAUUGCAUAUAGACCAGGCUCUCCAGACCCACCUGGGGCAGCGGAGUCAGAAGCCCACAGGUGAACACCUGCUCAUCCCAGCCCCACACACCCCGCAGGUGGAGAGAGGAAGGCUUCAUAAGGAGGUGGAGGCAAGCAGGCAAGCGUGGAUCUCAUCUGUCUGCCUGAGAGAAAGCCCCAGAUCAGCACUGGGAGGGUCAGCCCACGUUCCUGAGCAAGUAAGGGGGUGGUCCUGGCCAGAACUCUGGAACCCUGGCUAGUUGCAGAACCCCCUCUUGCCCCACAGAUCAUCAUGGGAGUCCUGUCCAGCCUCUGGCCAUGAGGUGAUUUUUUGGCUUCUAACGCCGAGGCUCACCUUGCCUUUCUCUCUCACCUGCCACUCUCGUGCAGCCCCGUAUUGAAGAUCAUCGCCACCACUGAGACCUUCACCACCUCCAUGAAGACCACCACGCCCCUAGACCAGAUGGAACUUUUCACUCUUCUUCAAUAGAUUUUCAAGCCUAUAACCUCUCAGGCUGUGGGGCUGGCACACAAAGUCCCCAAUCAACAGAGCCUGCUGCCCAAGGGGAGAAGGGCUUUGCUGGAGGACACAGGGACUCGCGCCUGAGCUGCAGGGCAGGACUGUGGAAGGAGGCCAGGCAGACGCAGCUCAGGGCAUAGCUGGAGGCAUCGGCUGACCAGAGGUCACAGCUGGGCCGCACUUCUUUCCUGAAGGGAGAUCUGGAGGGAAUCUUCCACCUGCCUCCUCCCAUCUGGUUCUGGGCUUGGCAGCCUGAGCAGGAGCCCUCAGCAUGGCUGGGCAGUGGCUUCCAUCUGCUGGGAUUCUCCUGGCUGAUGUCCUGGUGGUCUCAGCUCCUGCCCUGCCCCUUCCUCCUGCUCAUGAAGACCUGAGCCCAUCUCCCUGGACCUCUGGCACAUCUGCUUUGCAAGGUGGCAGCAAGAAGAUACUCCUCUCAUCAUUAAACCACUUGGUGCCAGUCCCUGCAGGGGUCUCUCCCUCAGCUGAGAGGUCAGGGGAGGCUCCUGACAGGAGGGCAAGAGGCCUUUUCCCAGAGGCCCCCGGGGACCAGCAAGGUCUCCUAGGCUUCCUCCUGGACUUGCAGCUCCUCCUGAACCAGACUGCCCCUUUGGGACCCUCUGGCACCCCAGGAGGUGCCACACACAGAGCAGCUCUAUCCGCAGUAGCUGAGCCUGCAGCCCACGGCACCCCCAAGUCCCAGCCAGUGUCCCAUGUGGCUGCACCUGGAGAUGGAGAGGAGAUCUUGGUCCCUGGGUCUCCAGAGAGGGCUGCCACAUCACCACUGCAGGCUUCUCCCCAACCGCAGUCCCAGCCUGUGAGCAGGCACCUCUUCAACCCCAAGGUCUGGACACCAUCUGCAUCAGGGCCCAGCAACUUCAGGCCAGGGAACGCCCCACUUCUGACGUUGGCUCCAAGGGCCCCAGAGAAGGCCGUGUCCUCAGCACCCCAGGGCCCACUUGCGUUUGCAUCGAUCAGUCACAUGUUGGCUGCGACAGAGCCGCUUCCUCCUGUAGCAACAGUGCGGUCAGUGCUGGACACGGCUUCUGCAGCCCUCACAGCGGUCUCGGGCUCCCCUAGAAAUGGUCUGGCGUCCAGUCUGGGCCUGGGCCCUUCAGCGUCGCCGUUGCUCUCAACAGUGCCCUCUUGGCAGUUGCCAUCAGCAUUACCGCCACCACCAUCCCCAUGUACAUCCCCAUCACCCGCACUGGCAUCACUAUCACCCAUCGUGGGCCCAGGUUCCCCUUCACCGCCAGAGCCAGAACCUCCCGGGGCGCUUCUGCAUCUGUGCUCCCCCACACAACCGCAGGCCGUCUCGUCAAUGUUUCCAGCUUUCCGCCUGCCCAGCCACCUCCGGUGGUUACAGGGAUGGCUGCUCCUCAGUGGACAGUCCAGCCUAGGCCAUUGGUCCCUGCUAGCCCAGGCUCCUUGGCCACCCUCUCCCUCAGAUGUGCCCUUGGCCUUCCUGCUGGCUGUCCCAGAGUCCCAGGAGGUGUGGCCUCCCCCCAGUCGCCUUCCCUGUCUCGUCCCCGCCAGACUGUCUCAUUGCAGGACUCCAGAUCCUCCUCCCCACGACCCAGCCAUGCGACUCACUUUGUGACCUUUAGGAUCACCAAUGAAGCCUCGGUGGUGGCACUUGGGAACCCUGCCUCUCCAGAGUACCGGCUGCUGCGUGACAACAUCCGACAUCAGGUGUGGGUGUCUUCCUUCAUCUCAGGAGUGCUGACCCCAGCCCACCCCACCCCGCUUGCCUCUGAGCACACAGGCCUGUCUCUAUUCUGUUUUGGCUCCUGCUAUUCCUCCACUACCCUGGCCCUCGGAGGGGCCUCCCCCCACGACUCAGACCCUGGCCCCACGGAGCUGGCAUCUCUCCCUCUGUCGGCUCCCUUCCCCACACUGUCCCAUCCCAGCUUGCCUCUCCCUGUGAACCACAGCUCCGUGCGGGCGGCUGGGCCCAGGGUGGGGUGCCCAUGGGGGCUCUGGAAGUAUGGAGUGAGUUAAACCUGCCCUGGGCUUCUCGUCGGUGUGGGGAGGAACAUGUGGGGUGCACAGUGGGAGCCCAAGAGGUAGAAAGCUGACCCUGUCUUGUGAGUGGCUCCAGCAGGAAGCGGAGCCAGGCAGAGACUCUUGCAGAGACGGAGUGUGGGGAACUCUAACAGGAUAAGCAGAAGACUGGAUUAGAUAGCUGGGGUCAGGGGGGUGCCCAGAGAACACCUUUCUGAGGAAGGAGAAUUUUAACUGGGAUGGACAGAAGGCUAAGCCAGAUGAAAUGAGCAAACAUUUCCUAGACAGAGGAAACGGAUGUGUGAGGACCUUGGGGUGGAAAGGUGGGUAGAGGCUGAGGUCCAGGGUCACAGGUGAGAGGCUGUCUGGAGAAGACUUGAGGCCCGGGCUGGGCGAGGGAGAAUUAGGAGGGGCUGCUGCCUGCAGGGUGGUGGCUGUGGGCAUACAGGCUAAUCGGAUUGGAGAGCCAUUUUCAGUAAAACUGCAGUGAAGGAAAGGCCUGGGAAGGCUGUGUGUUUGCUGGAUAGCUGAGGGCACCCUGUGGUUCUCAGUAGAGGGUGGUGGGCAAGUGGUCUCUGGUAGCCAUGCGGGGAAGGCUUGGGUGGCCCUGGGCUAUCCAGGUGGACAGUGAGGCCACUGCAGGGCCAAGACCAGAGAUAAUGAG